GGUUUUAGAAAUCUCCAUGUGGACGACCAAAUGACUGUCAUUCAGCAUUCUUGGAUGGGGGUGAUGGUGUUUGCCCUGGGAUGGAGGUCCUAUAAGAACGUCAACGGCAGGAUGCUUUACUUCGCCCCGGAUCUCGUGUUCAAUGAGAAUCGGAUGCACGUUUCCAGCAUGUAUGAGCACUGCAUACGGAUGAGACAUCUCUCCCAGGAGCUGCUGCUGCUGCAGAUCACUCACGAAGAGUUCCUCUGCAUGAAGGCGCUGCUGCUCUUCAGCAUCCUUCCUGUUGAGGGUCUGAAGAGUCAGAAGUACUUCGAUGAGCUGCGCCUCACCUACAUCAACGAGCUCGAUCGCCUCAUUAAUUAUGGGAUGGCCAACAAUCGUCCUCAGAGGUUCUACCAGCUCACCCGACUCCUGGACUCUCUCCAGAUG